AUGGCCGCCCGCGAGCCAAGAUUCAACCAACAUGUCCUCAUCGACACCACGCCCAUGCCGGCGAACAUCCCCAAGGUCGAAGAGAUUGGUGCAUCCUCUGCGCCGCUGAUGAGCGCUUCAUACUUUAUCGGAGCGCGGUGCCAACCGUACAAUGAUGACUUCAUGAAAUGCAAGACGGAGGCGAACGGGAGGGGAGAAGUGGAGUGCUUGAAGGAGGGGAGGAAGGUUACGAGGUGUGCUGCGAGUGUGCUCGACGACAUCAACAAGAGCUGUCUCGAGGAAUUCCGGCAGCACUGGACGUGCUUGGACAACAACAACCAGCAGCUAUGGCAGUGCAGGAAACUGGAGCGGGGGCUGAACAAGUGUGUGUUUGACAACCUGAAGUUGGAGAAGACAAUACCCGGGACGCCGGCCAACGAGACGCCAGUACAUCUCAGGAAGAAGCAGAUCUUCGCGCAUAAUGCUUUUUCGCAAUAG